UGCGCCAGCCUGCUGGCGGCGUGACGAGAGCCGUUGCGGCACGCAGUCGUGCAUCAUUGGUGGCCACGCAUCGCUGCUCGUAGCGUAGCUUGAUCGUGCAGGGCUGAACGCCAGGGAGAGCGCUCUCAAGCAACAAAGAGAGCGUGCUGUUGCCGCUGCGCGGCGGGGCGUUGUCGGCGCAUCCGUUGAGAGCGGCAAGGAUGGCAUUGAUCAAACUCAUAGCCCUCGCCGCGGUCGCGCCGCCCGCCGCGCCACUGGUGCCGCGCGCGCGCCGGAGGGCACCGCUGCUCCGGCGAGCGUCGACGCAGCAGGGCACGCUGCCGCCCGAGGAGAGCGCCGCGCCGGACUGGGAGGCCAUGUGGGCCGGCGGCGGCGCCAGCAAAGAGCCAGCGCCAGCACAAAGGCCCGGCCCCGUUAUUAGGGGCGUGUCCGCGUCGCCGGCCGCCGCGGCGCGUGAGGGCUUCGACGCGUGCGUCGAGGCCUUGAAAAGGUUAAAUAUUGAUGCCAGGAUUGACGUAGAGCUGGGCGACGACGAUGGAUGGUGUCGCGUUGGUGUCGACUUCCAGAAUGAUGUACUGGAAGCUCAUAGGCGGGGCCUGCGGUGCGUGUUUAUCAAACAGGAAGAGGAACGACAGAAUGACGCCAUAUCAUCGGCAACACCACCCGCCGAGGGCACGCAGAAAACGUACACCGCCAUGGGCUCGGAGACGUACCUCCAGGAUUCAUUACUGGAGGACUUCGCGGACGGCGUCGUGAGUUCUUGGAGUGAGGUACCUGAUGUUGUAGCAGAGUGGACCUCGUCGGCAACGGAGGACCUCUCUCCUGCCGUCUUCGCGGAGCAGCUCGUUAAAGCUGCGGGCGGCGGGGAGUUCUGGCCCCGGUUUUUGGAGGAAGGUAUCCAGGACGUAGCGACUCUGAAGCUGUUAACGGAGGAGGACCUCAAGGAGCUGGGUUUGCCUCUAGGGUGCCGCCGGCGGUUGCUAGCCGCUCUGAACUAA